AUGACAGAUCGAUUCAAAGGCAAACGGUGUGUAAUAUGUGGUGAUCGAGCAAUUGGUUAUAAUUUCAAUGCGCUUACAUGUGAAUCGUGUAAAGCCUUUUUCAGGCGGAAUGCUCUAAAAACACCACCAAAAUGUAAAUAUCAAGAUAAUUGUGUCAUAGACAUCGAUAAAAGGAGAUUAUGUACACAAUGUAGACUCAGAAAGUGUUUUGAGUAUGGAAUGAACAAGGAUGCUGUUUGGACUGUUAGUGCUAAACAGGAGCGUAAAUUUAAAAUAGAAAUGAACAAGAUUAAACGUGAAUUGGAGCAUGAUUGUUUUACAAAUUUUCAAUCACCUCAACAAUCUCUAUCAUCAAUCAUAGCAUCGGUCACAACGACAAGUCUAGCAUUAGCUACUCGUCCAACAUUUCAUGAAUUUCUAAACCGUGAAGUCGAUGCUUAUGACCGAGCAAUAGCUCAGUCCAAUUUGUGGGACAAACUAUUUGCACGACUAGUUGAGGUCGAGAUGAGUGUCAUACCGAUUGCCGGACCCGUCAAACACUAUAAUCAACAAUUUAAUGAACAGGAAAUGUGUCGACUCAACGAUUUGUUUGUUACAAUCAAAAAGUUUGAGACACUGGCCCUCACACAUACCCAUGAAGUGACAACUUUAGAUACAAUUGCCAAUUCUGUGGCUCGACUUAACAUCAAUGAGUUGGUCAAUAUUGUCAAAUUGAUUGACACACUCAUCAAUUGUAGUCAACUGUGCGACGAUGACAGAGCCAAUCUCAUUAGGUUUAGUAGUUUACAAAUAUUGGCGCUCAGAUCCACACAAUAUUUUGAUGACACAGACGAAACUUGGAAAAUUGUUUUAAAUGAUCAUAGUGUAAUAAAAGUUAAGCUAGAUGCUAUUAGGCGCCAAAAUUGGACGGGUAAUGGUCCACUUCCACUAAACUCAAAAUAUAAAGAUUUUCUUAAAAAAGUAAUCAAAGAGUCGGGAUAUGACACCAAUGUUAUAGCAAUAAUGACAGCAAUAGUAUUAUACAAUCCAGAUCAUCCGGGAUUAAUUGAUAAACAAAAAAUCAAGCAUCGAUAUCACGACACUAUGCCUGAUGUCAUUAAAAGUAUUUUUAAUCUUUAG